UGUGCCCAGGUGUGCCCAGGUGUGCCCAGGUGCGCCCGGGCGGGCGCAGGUGCCAGGAUGAUGUGCGAGGUGCUGCCCACCAUCAGCGAGGACCCGCGGCGGGGCUCGGGCGCGGCCGAGGAGCCGGGGCUGGAGCAGCUGAUGGUGCAGAUGCUGCGGGAGCGCGAGCGGCUGCUGGAGACGCUGCGGGACACGCAGGAGGGGCUGAACACGGCGCACCUGCGGCUGCGCGACCUGGCGCACGAGCGGGACCUGCUGCAGCGCCAGCUCAACUGCGCCCUGCCCCAGGAGCUGGCGGCGCUGACCAAGGAGCUGAACCUGUGCCGGGAGCAGCUGCUGGAGCGCGAGGAGGAGAUCGCCGAGCUCAAGGCCGAGCGCAACAACACCCGCCUGCUGCUGGAGCACCUGGAGCACCUGGUGUCGCGCCACGAGCGCUCCCUGCGCAUGACCGUGGUCAAGCGCCAGGCGCAGUCCCCGGCCGGCGUCUCCUCCGAGGUCGAGGUGCUCAAGGCCCUCAAGUCGCUCUUCGAGCACCACAAGGCCCUGGACGAGAAGGUGCGGGAGCGGCUGCGGGUGGCCCUGGAGCGCGUGGCCGUCCUCGAGGAGGAGCUGGAGGUGUCCAACCAGGAGUCCCUGUCCCUGCGGGAGCAGCUGUCCCGGCGCCGCUCGGGCCUGGAGGACACGGCCACCGACGGGGACAGCGCGGCGGGCGGCGAGCGGCGGCGCGAGGCCGAGCUGGAGGCGUCGCUGGGCCGGCAGCGCGUGGCCGCGCUGUGCCGCCAGCUGGGCCGGCUGCAGGACGAGGCCAGCGCCGCCCAGAGAGAGCUGGCCCGGGCUCACGAGGCGGGCGCCAAGCUCCAGAGGGACCUCAAGGAG